AUGGGGGACGAUGAAACAAUUAAAGAUAAUGGCGGUUAUGCGUCAAUGAAAAACUCAGUAUUGGUUCCAGCAGGAAUCAGCAAGGGACGAGGACAAAGAAAACCCUGGACGCGCGAUGCACACAUGACCAGGACAGCGGCCCAAAAGGCACGCAAAAACGCUGGAGAAAGUGAACGGCCUGGUGAAGCGAUGAAUAGCGUGCGGGAGGUGGACCCGAAGAAUUAUGGGCAAGCCAUGAAGAUUGAUCAGAAGGAAAAGUGGCUUACUGCAAUAUCGGAAGAGCUGCAAGCGCUCGAAGACAACGGAGUUUAA